CAUCUCCUUCCUUCCACCUUUUCAUCUUCUACCUCGUCAACUUUUUAAAUUUUGAAGGAAUUUGAUUUUAUUUAAUAAAAAAAAUUGAUUUAAUAAAAACGUGAGUUAGCUAGCUUACCAGUUACCACGUACAUACACGUACAUUAAUUUUUUUGAAGAAAUAUUGUUUGUGCGGUGCACGUUAGCAGGAAGAUGGUGGUGGUGGUGGUGGUGGUGAAGUUUAGCGUGGUUGUACUAUUGUUGCUAAUGUGCGCGCCGUGGUGUGCGUAUUCACUGGUGGUGCCGUAUCGGCUUCAGGUGGGUAUGACAUUGGUGAAGAAUUCUACGGCCAAAGCUCUCGGAGCAUAUUGCUUGGACGGGAGUUUACCUGGAUAUCAUUUCAGUAAAGGAUUCGGUUCUGGAGCACGCAACUGGCUUUUGCAAUUUGAGGGUGGUGGGUGGUGCAAUGAUGUAGAAUCAUGCUUGGCGAGGGCGAACACACGUCGUGGAUCCACAAACUUAAUGACUAAAGUCGAAACCUUUAAUGGGAUCCUAAGCAACAAUGAAUCCUUCAACCCAGACUUCUACAACUGGAACCGCGUUAAGCUUAGAUACUGUGAUGGAGCUUCCUUUGCUGGUGAUUCCACAUUUGACAAUGGGACCUCAUUCAUGUACUUCAGAGGACAAAAAAUUUGGCAAGCAAUGCUUCUUGAUCUUCUUCCCAAAGGGUUGGCAAGGGCAGAAAAGGCUUUGCUUUCUGGUUGCUCGGCAGGGGGUUUAGCUGUGUUCCUCCAUUGUGACAAUUUCUCUAAGUUUCUACCAAGGAAUGCUACUGUCAAAUGUUUGAGUGAUGCUGGUUUUUUCUUGGACGUAAAAGAUGUAGCCAUGCAUGAAACAAUUAGAACCUUGUACCACGAUGUCGUUACUCUUCAAGGAGUAGAGCAGAAUCUUGACCAGAACUGCACCAGUUCUCUAAUCGACCCAAAGCUAUGUUUUUUCCCACAACAUAACCUAGGUUUCAUCAAGAAUCCCAUGUUCAUCUUAAACUCUGCAUACGAUAUGUGGCAGUUCCAUAACAUCUUGGUACCGUCUCUGGCUGACCCGAGAAAAGAAUGGAAGUACUGCAAGUAUAAUAUAUCAGCCUGCACUGAAAGUCAAAUGAAGAUACUACAAGAUUUUCGACUGGCAAUGCUAGAGGAUUCAUACUCUUUCUAUAAACAUUCAACAAGCGGAGGGAUGUUUAUAAAUUCGUGUUUUGCACAUUGUCAGAGUGAGCAACAGGAAACUUGGCUCGCUGCAGACUCCCCUAUUGUGCACAACAAGACCAUUGCAAAAGUUGUGGGUAACUGGUAUUUUGAAAGAAAUGAGACAAAGUUGAUCGAUGAUCCAUAUCCUUGCAAUUCUUCCUGUCAUAAUACAAUACCGCCAGCAGGGUAUAUUAUAACUCAGGAAAAUAUCCUAGGACUUCAGAGAAAAUUAUAGGUGAAGAUAAUAGAACACAAUUCGAUUUAUAGUAGCUUGCUCAAAUUUUGCUGAUACAGAAAGAUGAAAGUAUUUUUUCGGUGUACACAUUCCUGUAAGAUAAAUUAAUUUUGUACACAGAUUUAUAAGAUAUAUUCAAUCACAAUUCUUCUUUUCCAA